AUAGAGCAAUUUACAACUCAUCAACCACUCCAAACCAACUUUUGUAAGUUAAACACAAAAACAGAUAACAUGGUUUCUUGUUCUACAUCAUCAUCAUCAUCAUCACUGUGGACUACAAAUGGUGGUAUUUUACUACAGCACACAUCAUCUUCUUCAUCUUUCUCUAAUAAUCAACACUCUGCAUUACCAAUAAGAUGGGGUUUGAGAAGAGAGUUUGAUCUGGGUCAGCGCAUUCAUAGAACAAAGGGUGAAGCAUUACGUGUAGCUACUAAUCCUAAUGUUACUAUAGCUAGUGGAAGGUCAAAGAAAGAGGUGAUAAUGGUUGAUCCAGUUGAAGCAAAACGUUUAGCUGCUAAACAAAUGGAAGCUAUCAAGAAAAAGCAAUCUUUUAAAAGAAGGCGUCAAAUAGAAGCUAUUAAUGGUGCAUGGGCUAUGCUUGGCCUUACAGCGGGAUUAGUCAUCGAAGGCCAAACUGGAAACAACAUUUUGGCUCAGUUGACUGGAUAUUGGGCAGUUCUGGUGAGCUUCUUUAUAAGAUAAUUAAAGGCUUCCCGGCUUUACAUGGAGCAUCAAUUACCUAAAAAAGCUGUAUCAUCUUCAGACCUCUUCGAGUCGAUUUAGUAAACAAAUCUGCUUCAAAUACUAUACUUGUUUAUUUUAUUUAUGAUACAUGAGGGAAACAUACGUUUUCUACAAUAUUAAGUGCUUUGGAUCAUUCUUUAUGUUUUUAAACUUUUUUAUAUGAAAUGAAAGGAACUAUACCUAAUCAAUGUA